AUGCAGGUUCUCGCAGAUGGCACUGUGCUGGACACCAUGCAGACAUUACGCAAGGACAACACGGGCCUGGACCUGAAGCAGCUGUUUAUUGGCUCUGAAGGCAUCCUAGGUGUAAUCACACGCGUUGCCAUCCAGUGCGUGCCCCGCCCGUCUUCCAUCUGCGUUGCUUUUCUAGGCUGCCCUAGCUUCGAGUCCACACUGCAGACUUUCCAGCAAGCGCGGCAGCAGUUGCCCGAGUUUCUUUCAUCCUUCGAGGUGAUGGACGCCGAAUCAAUGCGCUGCGUUCGAGACAACCUGCACCUUCGACUGCCCUUGGAUGGGGAACACCCCUUCUACCUUUUGAUCGAAGUUGCCG